GGCACGUAGCCCGCGCCGCCCGCAGCCGACACGGCUCCCGCGGAGUGCUCGGGUCGCCGCCGCUGGUGGCUCACGCAGCCCAGAGACGUGACCGCGCGAUUUCACGUCCAAGCUCCUCACGGAUCUCAGAGCGCUCGCAGAACCGGGUAACGGAGCUCACGUUCGGGACUCCGGCGAUGCCCUUAUGAGGGGACGGUCCCUCAGACCGCGCGUCGCUCGCUUUGGCGGAUCUGAGCUGUCACCGCUGUGACAGAGGGAACUCCGGAAUUCACCCUCCGGGACUCGACAACAAAAUGAAAGAACUACAGAAAACCUGAUUUAUUACCUCUGUUGGUUUGUUAUGCACACUCUUGGAACAAUAAGGAUAUGCUAUAAGGAUAGCAAGGAAGAGAGAGGCAAGAACAGCUCCAUAAAGCUUUACACCCCUUUGGCAAAUAGGAUUUGUAUGGAAGUCUGAAGGUUCUCAAGUACUACACUGAAAUGUUCUUCAGCAUCACCUUGUUCUCCUUAUUUGGUUGAAAAGAACUGCUAGCCUAAUUUGAUGCAGAAAUGAAGAAGAGAGAAUGCGAGUUUCAAAAGCAAACAACUGAAAUGGGUAAUUUGGAUCAGUCCCAUGAAGUUAAGAUAUUUCAAUAUGAUGGUAAAAAUUCUCUGAGCAAAGAUAUUUCUACCUUGGAAAUAAAAAAACUGCAGGAGCAGAAUGCCAGCCUUCGGGCUGCUGUUGCUCAAAUGAGGAAAGAAAUGGAGAGUCUUGAUGAGCAGAUGUUGUCCUCUCUUCCUCUGACGGAAAACAGACAGCAUGCAGAGCAAGGUUCAGUGUGCACAAACAAAAUUUCAACUGAAACCCCUUUGAGCAGUAUCAAAGUCAGGUCAGCUAACUCAGAUUUUGUAGUAAGUCCAGACACAGAAAAGAGGCCAAACCCCAAAGUUAUUGAAGAAAAGGUGGUAGAUUUUGGACAGCUGUUACCUGAUGUAGAUCCUGGUGUUGGUCUUCAGUGUGGUGUCAGUUGUGCUCUACAAGGAAUGCAAAAUAAACUGAAAGAAGCGGCAAGAAAAAUCACAAUUCUCAGCCAAGAGAAGCAGCAGCUGAUUGAAAUGGGAAACAGACUCGGGGCAGAACUCAGGAUGGUAUUAAAGGAAGGAUUUUGGCGUCCUGUUAGCUCUGAGCGUUGCACAGUUUGUAUUGCCUCUGGUAGUCUUCUGCCAAGAGAGCUUAUCAAAAGAACACAGUGUCAGCUGUCAGCUUUAAAGCAUCUACAGCACAGGCUUACAACACAGGAGCUGCAGUAUGCAAAGCAGCAGCAUCCCUCAAGGAUCUCUUCUCUACUUGCCUGCCCUAGCUUAAAGGAAGAAGAAUCUCGAAGCAGCUAUGGGGAAGAAACAGAAUUACCAUCCUAUGAGGUUCAGCUAGAUUUCUCUAUUGAAAAUCAUGGGCCAAAGAAACAAAAGGCAGAUACAUCCUCAAAGGUCAAUCAAAGUCAGCCACUCAGACAGAAUCCUAAUCAAGCCCAGCAGAUGCAGCUUUCUUCAUCUAGAGCAUAUAAUUACUGCCAAGGAGUUUGGCAAACUUCAGAACUGGGAUCACAGCCUUCUAUUCUCAGUCCUCAAAAGGACAUUGACCAAGUGAAGUUUGAAGUUAUACAUUCAACUGAACACUCAGAAUAUCAGCAAAAUAUCAAGCCCAAGGAUAAACUUGAAAAGCCAGCUGCAGAUUUGGCAGUCAGAGGAACCAGGCUGGAAGUUCAGCAGAAGUUAAAAUCCAGGAAUUUCUCUCGUGCUCAUCCCAUAAAACCAAAAAUCUUUUAUAACGUGGCAAAAAUCCGCAACUAUAAUAUUAAAGACUGAUUUCUUUGUUGGCAGCAAGUUCCAGAUCCACGCUUCCUAUUGACUUGCUUCAGAACCUGCAAAUCAGGUACAAAUAUCAGCUUUAUUUUUGUAUGUUGAGUUGGGAUGUUUGCAGCCAGGAGAGAGAACAAAUACCUUGUGUCACACCAUGAACCGUAAAGUAAAGGGUUAAUCUGUGUACAUUGUGAAAUUACAGUCUUCACUGUUAAUACCGAUUUAUUUUAAUUAUCUGUGUUAAAUAUUACUUGCAUCAUGGAUGUAGAAAUGCCUAGUUAAUACAUAUGUAAAGCUUUGUGCCUUUAGGCAGGGCUUGCAGGUCUUUAGCUAGUAUUUUGUUGGGAAACUGUAGAUGUGAUUUAAGCUUAGAAGUGGGAUGCCUCAACCUACUUGAGGCAUUAUUAUUUGCAAUGCAACCGUUAAUCCUGUGUGGCUAUCUUACUACAUGAAAGAAAGGGGUUUGAAAAGACUACAGCUGAACCUAUAUUGUUUCUCAUCUUGUGCAGCAUAGAGUUUAAAGCAGUGAUAAACGUUUUCAUUACCAACACUUAGAAUUGUACAUCAGUCUUGUAAGAAUUAAGUCUUACCACAGAUGAAGCUAAAAGAAAACUUGAGCGAGUUGUGAUGUAAAGAGGGAUAUCUAUAUAGUUAUGAACAUGCCAGGACAUUGAAACAAGUGAUAAUUUCCAGUAAUGCAGAGCUGUCUUGGGAUUAUUUCAGUGAUGAACUUUACAAGUAAAGGAAAUGCACUUGAAAAAGAGAUUACUUUUUUUUAUUUUUUACUGUGAGAAUGGUCAAGCAGUUGAAUAGGGUUACCCAGAGAGGUUAUGGAGCCUCCAUCUGUGGAGAUACUCAGAAACCCAUCUAGACAUUGACCUUGACAACUUGGUCCAGCUGACCCUCCUUGAGUAGAAGGAUUGGAUUAGGUGACCUCAAGAGGUCCCCUCCAACCUAAGCAAUUCUGUGAUUCUGUGAGUGGUAUCACUGCAGUGAAUAAUCCUAAUUCCUGCUAAAAACAUAUAAAAUCUAAAUGGGAUUAAUAAAGGAGGGGAGCUGCUUACCCAUGAA